AACAUAUACGCGUCCUAUUUCCACGUUCUCUCAAUAUUACUCUUUUCCUUUGAAACAUCAAGAGGUUCAAAACCAUUAACCCCUAAAAAUCAAGAAAAGGAGAAAGAGAAGAAGAGAGAAAAGAAAAACCCGAAGCAAUGUCUUUUUCUUCCCUCAAAUUGCCAAUCUUUCUCGUCCUUUCAUCUCUUCUUCAUGCGGCUAUAGGGGAAAACAUUAUUUGCGAGAAUCUGCCAACAAAUAUGUGCUCGUUCUCAAUAUCAGCUUCCGGGAAAAGAUGUAUAUUGGAGACGGCUAAUGUCGCCGGAGAAUUCACUUGCCGGACUUCCGCGGUGGACGUGGAAGGGAUUGUAAACCACGUGGAGACCGACGAGUGCGUUGCCGCUUGUGGGGUUGAUCGGAAAACCGUAGGGAUCUCAUCGGACACAUUGAUGGAAGCAGGAUUUGCCGCUAAGCUUUGCUCAUCUGCUUGCUUGGACUUUUGCCCUAACAUUCUUGAUCUCUAUUUCAAUCUAGCCGCCGGUGAAGGUGUAUUUUUACCUGAUCUCUGCGAUGCUCAACGGAUGAAUCCUCACCGUUCGAUGUUGGAAUUCCUCAGCUCCGGCUCCGCGCCAGGCCCUGUCUCCGAGGUUGCCCCAGGCCCUGUCUCCGAAGACGUCUCAUCUCCUGCUCUAGCUCCGGCUCCUAUGGCUUCCAUCUAUGCUUAUGGCAAUAAGAAUAAGAUCGUGGAUGGUCUUGAACCAUCCGCAGUCAUUGCCGAGCACGAAACAGAAGGAGAUGCAUAUAACACAUCUGACCCCGAUAAUAUGGAUUAUCGUGGUGCGGCAUCCAUCUAUGAGGAUGAGAACCAGGUUAAGGAUAAAUUACCUCCUCAAGUCGUGGUCAAUCACUCACCAGGAGACAAAAAUGCCAGACUUCGGAAGAUCUUAGUGAACAUGUUUACAUGGGCAAUGGACAAUUCUUCACCAGCAAACGUGAUGCUAAUCUUGGGAGAUAUCAGAGAACACAACACCUUCCUAGCUGCUAUUAACAGUUUAAACAUGAAGUGUUUCAAUGUUCUCUUUGCACAGCCUGAAAACAAAUCAGUUCCGCCAAAUUUUCCUAUAUCGACAAAAUGUCUUUGGGAAACACUAUCAGUUGGAGACCUCCUUAUCGUCCAAACUGAACCUGUUGACAAUACUUUGGAGGGUGGGAGAAAGUCGCAUAUCAAGUUUUACUUUGCUUGCUAGAGCUUUAGUUUGUGUUGCUUUUGCUUCCCCAAGGCUGUCUCGACGCCUCCUGCUAAGACGAUCUUCCAAUUACUAAAGUUGGUGGGGGUGGGUUUUGCUAGCACAAAAAUUUUGUUGCUUCCAAUUUUGUUGUCAAGCUUAAACUUGUUUGCUUUUGUCGGGCUGUGGUCUUUCUAU